AUGAUAAUAAUUUUUAUUUCUAUUGCACGAAAAAAGUGGGCUGCGGAGGUGGUUCCUGAGGAUGACUUGAAGGACUAUUAUAUGAUUGAUAUGGAGAUGCACAUAUUUUUUUAUAAAAAAGAUUCUAAAUCAAUAAAAAAAGCUUAUACGCAAAAGGGCGGGCUUGCAGCAAUUAAAAUUGGGCUCAAGAUCCUAGACGAACGUGGCCCGACUACAAUAGAUAACAAUUACAACAAAUUUUAUGAAAAUCUGGGAAAGAAUUUACACAAGGUGCAAUCCACAAAAUCAUCAGCAAAGAUACCUUCGUUUCCCUUCGCAAGUACUUUCCUGAGUAGAGUGCCACCAUACUUAUUUUAUGAAGGCUCAUUGGAUCAUCCACCUUGCGAUGAAUCUGUUACGUGGUUUAUAAGUGAUGGUAGCCUUAUUACCAAAGAUCUGCUAAAUGAAUUCCGGAAAAUAAAUUUGGAUGAGGGAGACAAAUCGAAUGUUAGACCUCCUCAGGCGUUAAACAAACGCGAAGUGAAAAGCGUUAAUACUUAUAAAUCAAACGAGGAGUAA